UUGACUGCGCUCUCCAGCGAAUGGACCUCGCGGUGAAUGCGCGUCCCGGCGUUAAUGACGCGCUCCGCUCACGUUUGACGCGAACCCCCUACUGAUUCCAGGUAGACUACAGUAGUCCACACAAAGGAUACGCGCCAAUCCUCAAGAAGUGUCGAUUCGGAUUCCACAACGAGAGUGUUAAACGUGCCUCAAUUCGGAUUCUGGGAACGCGCGAUGGAUAUCAGAAUUUGCUUGCGGAUUUAAGUUAUACACCGUUGUUUAAUACUCGAUCUUCAUAUCUGUGUUACGUCAAGCAAGGGUAAUAAACGGACCGUCCGGGGUGCAACGAUCGUGCACGUUCAUUGAAAAAGAACAGUGAUAUUAUUCGCGCGCACGCAUUCGUGACUGUCCUGCGCGCAGGGAAUUUAUCCCCGUCUCGGCAUUUGAUCGCCAGGCUCCUCUUUCAAAAUGCAGUUUCGGACAGUUUUGGAUGUAAAAGUCGUGGAUGUGGAGAAGAGGAGGAAUCCAUCCAAACAUUACGUGUAUCUCAUCAAUGUCACAUACUCCGACUCCUCCUCCCACAUCAUCUAUAGAAGAUACAGUAAAUUCUUUGAUCUUCAGAUGCAGCUUCUGGACAAGUUCCCAAUCGAGGGAGGGCAGAAAGAUCCCAAAAAAAGGAUCAUCCCGUUUCUUCCAGGCAAAAUCCUUUUCAGACGAAGUCAUGUGAGAGACGUGGCCAUGAAGCGACUACGCUUUAUAGAUGACUAUUGCAGAGCACUGGUCCGUCUUCCUCCCCAGAUCUCACAGAGUGAGGAAGUUCUGCAUUUCUUUGAGACCCGACCAGAAGAUAUCAACCCUCCCGUAGAGGAUUAUGGAUCCAAACGGAAGUCAGUUUGGAUGUACGGACUUCAGGACAGUCCGAGCAAGUGUGAAGCCUCAGGGUUGGACAGCAGUGAGCCCAUGGUGCUGGAGCAGUACGUGGUGGUGGCCAACUACGACCGGCAGGAGAACUCGGAAAUCAGCUUGAAGGCUGGAGAAACGGUGGACGUGAUCGAGAAGAGCGAAAGCGGCUGGUGGUUUGUCAGCACGGCUGAAGAACAAGGUUGGGUUCCCGCCACAUACCUGGACUCACAAAGCGGCACCAGAGAUGAUCUGGACCUGGGAACAUCUAGAUCAGGAGAAGUCACUAAGAGGCGUAAGGCUCAUCUGAAGAGGCUGGACCGCAGAUGGACGCUAGGUGGAAUAGUCAACCGCCAACAGAGUCGAGAAGAGAAAUAUGUAACCAUUCAGCCAUAUGCCAGUCAGGGAAAAGAUGAGAUCGGGUUCGAGAAAGGAGUGACCGUGGAGGUCAUCCAGAAGAACCUGGAAGGAUGGUGGUACAUCAGGUAUCAGGGAAAAGAGGGCUGGGCCCCGGCCUCAUACCUGAAGAAACUGAAAGACGAUCUUUCCCCGAGAAAGAAGACUCUGACGGGCCCCGUGGAGAUCAUCGGUAACAUAAUGGAGAUCAGUAACCUCCUCAACAAGAAGGCUGUCAGCGAGAAGGACAUUCAAACAGACGGAGAACCCACCACCCCCGAACGCCACAUUUCCAAGAGUGAAAUCAGUUUACCCAUGCCGUAUGCCCCGGAGGCUGGAGGGGCACCCGCAGCGGGCAGCGAGUCAGGAAUGGGGUCUGGAUCUAGCGCCGCCCUACAGGAGAACAAGAGCAGGGCGGAGCCGGGCUCACCUGCCGUAGCCCGGGUAGCGCCGCAUAGAGUUGAGAUAGGAUCUCCAAACCUCAGACAAAAACCCCCUCCACGAAGAGAGGCGAAUCUGGCCUUCCAGUUGCCCAAACCUCCAGAGCCCCCUGCUGUGGAAGCGGAGUACUACACCAUAGCAGAGUUUCAGUCCAGUAUCUCAGAUGGCAUCAGCUUCCAUGGAGGACAAAAGGCUGAUGUCAUAGAGAAGAACUCUGGUGGCUGGUGGUAUGUCCAGAUUGGUGAUAUGGAGGGUUGGGCGCCCUGCUCCUACAUCGAUAAACGCAAGAAACCCAAUCUGAGCCGGAGAACCAGCACACUCACCCGCCCCAAAAUUCCACCCCCUGCUCCACCAGUCAAAAAACAGGAAUCUGAGGAUUCACCCUCUCUGGGUAGCUCAGCCUCGAAAGCUUCCGAAUCCCCCGGCCAGCAUGGCGUCUACGAGGAGCCAGAAUACGACGUUCCAGCCAUGGGCUUUGAAACUGAUCUGGAACAUAAUUCCCCAAAACCACAAACUCGUAAGUUUCAGAUUAAAAGCAAUCCGGCAGCCGCAGAGAGGAUUGCUCAGGCUGGCAAAGCAUCACCUUUAUUGAAAGUGAUGACAUCGCCAUUGAGGAAAAGAAACUCUUUGGAGGAUGUCAACAAGGAGGAGGUGAUUUAUGAAAACGAUGGGUUUAGGUUCCCCUCCAAUGACUUUGCCUCCUCUAGAGAUUCAAGUGUUUGCAAUAAAGACACCCAAAGGAGUCUCACCUUGGGACGUAAACCUCUAAGUUGCACUUCCUCUCCAGGAGGUGGGAGACCCUUCCGAAAGGUACCCCCCGAUCUUAACCGGAGCCAUUCUCUUGGCCGCACCGAGAGACACAGCCACAAGUCGUCUUCAGACGAAUCGGGUCGCAAUCCCAAAAGAGAGCCUGUUAUGCGCAAAGAUGUGGAAAUCCGGGUCGGACAAAGUCCGUUAGCCAGGCCCAAACCAGUGGUGCGACCCAAACCUCUCCUCACGAAGUCAGAGCCGCAAAGUCCUGAAAGAAUGGACAUCAGCAGCCUACGCCGCCAACUGCGUCCCACCGGCAGCCUACGGCAGGGACCUAUCCGUGCGGUACGUGGUGGCGAAGACUCUGAAACAGCUUCUGUUGUGUCCUCUGAAGAUUCCAACAGCUCAAGAAGUACUUCCGAUCUCUCAAGUGUUUAUUUAAAGGGUAGCCGAGGUGGGGAGUCGGACCAUGAGAGUGUAUUUUACAGAACCACAGAUGCCUACGAACGAGCCCAGGAAUCGGAGAUCAGCUUCCCAGGCGGCGUGGAGGUGGAGGUGCUGGAUAAGCAGGAAAGCGGAUGGUGGUAUGUCCGUUGGGGGGAAGAGGAGGGUUGGGCACCUACUUUUUACCUGGAGCCAGUCAAUCAUCUCCAGAACGUAGGUGUUCACGAAGUCCGUGAUAGUCCUCUCGUCGACCUCGGUAGCAGCAACAAGUCCAACAGCCUUGAGAAGAACGAGCAACGUGUUCAAGCCAUGAACAACCUCAACCAGCAGAACCUAAGGAGCAUAAGCAAUCCUAGCCCUCCAAUUCCUUCCAAACCUCCAGGGGGCUUCGGAAAACCACCUGCGAUGCUGAACGGGAGUGGAGUGCGAAUGCGUAACGGUGUCCGUCAGGCUGCGGUGCGGCCGCAGUCGGUGUUCGUGUCCGCACCACAGCCUUUGAAGGACACCAACAUCCACACGGGAUCCCUAAGGAGGAACGAAUCGCUGGGUGCAGGAGACCACAUGAGGUCUGGAGGUGGCGUACGGCGAAACUCGUCUUUCACUGCCGUUCGACCACAACCGGUGACCGACGUAAGAGUGAGGGCCGGGACCACCAUUACCACAUCCGUUGGAAGCUCAAGCCCAUUAAUUGGCCAAAGGAACGGAAUUCCCAUAUCUACAGUAAGACCCAAGCCCAUUGAGAAGACCCAUCUCAUUCAUAACAACCUUCGAGAGGUUUACGUCUCCAUCGCUGACUACCGUGGAGAUGAGGAGACCAUGGGUUUCUCAGAGGGCACCAGUCUUGAGGUUUUAGAAAAGAACCCAAAUGGAUGGUGGUACUGCCAGGUUGUGGAUGGCUUACACGGGCGUAAAGGCUGGGUGCCAUCUAACUACCUGGAGAGAAAGAAAUAACUCCUCAAACUUGUUUGAAUCAUGCACAAUUGUAAUGAAAUAUGUAAAAAGAACUGAUUGGAUGACUCUUGGUUUGAAACAAAAAAAAUGAACAGAGCCUUUUAGAAGGGGUUUUACAUUAAAACUAGAGAAAUGCAGGUGAAUGUCUAGCAAAAUACCUGCCGUAACUUUAUGCCAAAUGGGUGCCUUCGUCCAUCUUUCACUGAAUGUUAAGAGGAAUCAGUCAAACACCAGUGAAUCAACAUUAAUACUAAACUUCAACUUAGUGCCAUAGGCAUACGACUACAGAAAUGACCAGACCUUUUUUGUUACGAUGUUGAAGAGAAAGAUCGUUUUAGCACAGGUGCAUAAAAGAAAGAGCAAAACUUUUAUCACGUUUCAAACCAGAAAACAUAUCGACAAAAGUUUGAACAGAAAAUCCAACAAUGUCAAAAUUUAUCUAGAAUUGAGUGCACUCAAAAAAAGCAUAACUUUGUUAUUUUUUAAAACUUUUUUAAAGAAAUUGUUUUGUGUUGAUGUUUUCGUAACUUCCUUAGAGAUGUAUUUCUGCUUUCUUGUAACAUCUUAACACAACCAAACAGUUGACUAAGACACUUUUUUCUGUUUGUACACUGACAAAUUUACAUGGUCUCAGUGGCAGCUCAUUAUAUAUGUGUCUAUCUUCCCCAUUAUUUAAUUUCUCGACAGUCCAAAAUGAAUUAAACAUUACGUUAAAUGAAAACAGUCUGUGAAAGCUAUGUCCAGUUAUACAUAGACCAUCUCUUACUGGGUUUAAACCCACAUUGUUAAAAAAGUUGGUUUAACUUAACUUUUUUAAAGUUGCCUGCCAGCGAUUUUUUUUCACAAAAGUUUUACAAAAUGCCUUCCAGAAAAUAUUAUUUUAUCAAUAUAUAAACACAAUAAAUCAAAUGAAAGAAUCCUCUGCUUUCAAACAAAUAAACAAACAAAAAAACCCGGCAAAAAGUUGAAAAAAAAAAUCCUUUUUGUAAAGGACUUUUGUUAAAGAUCAAAUUCAGAACAGUGAUCAAAAGUUCAAAAGUUUCAGUUUUUUAUAACUUGGGUAAGAGCGCCACCUAGUGUAUAAUAGUGAAAUUCUAGAUUAGCGUAAAAACUCGUCAGGGAUGGGUCAUUGGCAGGUAAGCGUUUUCUCUUAAUUGACGAGAUAACUCGUUAAAGAGUUUAAAAAAAAGUAAGUUACCUGAUUGCCUUAGAAUUGUGAGUUUUUUUUUCAACUUAAAAAUAUUAGUUGACGGAACAAUUUUUACAAAUAUUAGUUUGAGUUAACUAAGUUGAAUAUCACAACAUGUUAAGGCAACCAGGUAACUUUCUUUUUUAAGUUGAACCAACAAAAAGUUUACAGUGGAAGUUUAGUUUACAAACUGCAUCCGGUCCUACUGUUUGUAGUUAUAUAAUUAGAGUAGACGGCUUCACUAAAGAUUAUAAUCUCGAUUUGCUGCUCUGUGUGUGCUACACAGAAUCUGCUGCUUUUGCGGCGAUUAUUCAUAAAUCAGGGCUGGAAAUACUAAGGAAACAUCAGCGUUAUCUCACGGGAAUUCGUAUGUAUUUUACGAGUUGAUUAAUUUGUAUGAAUUCGUACAAAGUGAAUCAUACAAAAACGUACGAUUAUUAUAAAAAAACAAAACAAUCAUUAAACCCCGCCCCUAACCCCAACAUCGCAUUGCGUACGAUGCGUAAAAUACGUACAAAUUGCUAUGAGAUUACGUUGGAAACAUUGAGCCCAAAAUGUGAUCACACCAAAGGAAAAUACAAAAAAUAUUUGAAAGUUUGUUUUAGAUUUAGUAUUUAUUUUAUGGGUGCAAAGAAAUACAGUGUAUUCAGCAAAACCUAAACGAGGUUUCAGAACUGAGAGCAACGUUUAUUUAAUCGCUAUAUCUGGAAGCACUUGAUUUUUUUUAAACCCAAAGAAAAGCACAUUGAUAUGUAAGGUGAAUUAAUUGCGAUAUUGCUGGGCAGUAUUGAAUCUACAUCUAAGUUACUGAAUAAGUGUUUUCGAGGCCAUGAGCAUUAAAAGAGUAGCGUUUAACCUUCCGAUGACAACGAGUCCGUAGUUAAAUCUUUUUGGAUAGAUUUUUACGCUCCGUACGAUAACUUUUCCCCGUUAACUUGCAGUUUAAUCGAUCAAAUACUUACAUCAAACAGCUGAUGUUCAAGACUGCUGAAAUAUUUUUCUAAUGAACGGUUCGGGUCCUAAUUAGACUCACGCCGCAUUUAUUUUAUUUUUGUUUUCUGCUGGACAGUAUUAUAGUGUUAGACAAUUCAAACAUUAAUAACCUGCUAGAUUGCAGUUAUAUUCUAUAAAGCAGAUAGUUGUUUAUUUUGUCUUGUUCGUUUGUUUCUGUGGUUGUGUGAUCGCACAUGGACAAUAAUGAUGAAUGAAGUGGUUCAUUUGUUGUGAACCGACGCAUUUAAGCUUUUUUUAAAGCAAGAAUGUGUAGGUUUAAAGAUGCAGUGCACUUCGUCAGCACAUAAUUUAUUUAACAAAAUUUGUUUUUUGUAUAUUUAUAAUUUUUUGUAGAUAUAUGUUUUUAAUUAUUUUAAGUACUAGUCUUACAAUUAUUUUUGGAUAUAUACAUUGGUGGCUGUCUCUAAAAACGUUAUAUAGUUUUCAAAUUGGCUUCUGCUUUAAUUUGAGUGAUUUUCUAGCUCUCACUUUUUGCCUUUUAAAUUGGGCCUUUAUUAUUUACAGCAGAUGUCUCAGUUGCAAAUUAUUGUUAGUAUUUAUUUUUAACAAAUUCAGUAAAAGAUUUUCAGCGUUAAGGCCUGGGUAUACUGUACAUUUUUUACAUGUAUACUGUAAAAAAAUUUUUAUUGGAAAUGUGUUUAACCCAUGGCUGAUUACUGCACCUUUAGCAACUAUGGGCGCUUCUUUUCUCAUUAUUGAGCCACAUAUAAUGCCAGAUUUUUCUUUUUUUCCUGAUUGGAAAACAAAGUGGAAACUGCAUGAAUUCUAAUCAUUGCAUCUUUAUAUUUGUCCACCAAUAACAUGUUAUAAAUAAUGUUUGGAUGAAAACAGAAAUGUUCCAUACUUACUGUAUGUUAUUUGUGCAUCCCACAUAUCCAAAUAAUUGUGUUGGGACCAAAUUUGAUCAACAAAAUUUACUCUCAUUAACAGCAAUGAUGUGAUUUCAAAGCCUAACUUGCAUAGUUUUUCAGCUUUUAAAUAUGAGAAACGUGCCAUCGCAAACUCUUGCGCCCCUUUUGACGAAGGCAUUAUAGAAAUGUGUCGACUCACUACACCGCAGUGCUUGUGACGGAUGUUGCUAAGCUCCAUAUACUUUAUUCUUCAUUUGCGUGUAUUUACAAGGGAACUGUUAAACUAGUUUUUCACACAUCGUGUUAUCUGCUUUCUUUCUUUCUUGUGUUUUUAUUUUAUUUAAGUUUUUUUUUUAAAUGCUUUUCAGGAACAGUAUUGUGUUUUUAUGUAUUUUUUCUUCUUGUUCGCAUUUGACAUACUCAGAUGGAAUAAGGAAAUGUGCAAUAGAAAACAGCCAUCUCACGAAUUUAGAGAUAAGUAUUGAAAAUGUAAUUGUCAUUCAAAACUCGAGAAAUGUUGUUAUAAAUAUUGCCGGAUUUGUCCCAUGGGUGUUUUUUAUCGACUAAGUCAAAGUGAGCAUACACUGUAAAAAAAAUAAAAGUUAGUUUAACUUAAAAAGUAGUUACCUGGUUGCCUCAAAAAUUUAGUUAAUUCAAUGUAAAAAUAUCAGUUGUUUUAUACACUACAUUUUGAGUUAAAGGUGCAGUGUGUACAUUUCAGAAGGAAAUUCUGACAGCAAUACAAUAUAAUAUACCUAACUAUAUUAUUAGUGGUGUAUAAAGACCUUAUACAAUGAACUGUAUUGUUUAUAUUACUUUAGAAUGAGCCGUUUUUAUCUACAUACACCGCGGGUCCCACUACAUGUAAGCUGCCGUUUUGCGCCGUCAUGUAGCCCUAAACGGACAAACUGCUCUACAGAGCGCGUUUGUCACAAUGUUGUCUCAGAUGAUGACGUGUCUGUCCUGUGACGGUUAUCGUAGCUUCUCUAUGUGCUUCGAAAGGGAGGGGUGCAAUUCCCAACCUCACCACUAGAUGCCCGCCAAAAUCUACACACUGCACCUUUAACUAAUAUUUUUAAAGCUGAAUUAAAUUAAAAACUUACUUUUUUAAGUUGAACCAACAAAUCUUUUUUACAGUGUAUCAUACCACACAAUAUUUUAAGAUUUAAUGCUGAAUGUUAAAUCCCCUCGAUUGACUUCCACUCACCACUCACGUUUUGAUCUAUUGGUGAACUUUCUGUGUUCGGUGACCCCAAUACCCACGCCGAACAAAACAGAAACGCAUGGACGUAUAUUUCUCAAAGGCAUUUGUGCAUACUAUAGAUACUGUAGGUCCUAAACCAGCAGCAGCCACACCACACACUGCCAACCGUUUGACGUUUCUCUCUUGAUAUCCACCACUUCAUUUCACCGUUGCCAUGGCGAACACGACUUCUCCUUUUUAAAUCCCAUUGGUCAACAGUGAGGAUUUGCAUCAUACAGUACUUUUUGUAGUUCAUUUUGUGGAGCCAACUAUGGGGGUAAUAUAAUCCUGCAUAUCCAGGUUUAGUUUUUCACAUCUUAAAAAUGCAUAUCUCACACGUGUCACGGUUCAUUGAAUAUUGUAACGAAUUUCUGAUCUUUUGAUCUGAAGUCAUUCGAAUGUACUGUAAACAUUGAUGCUUUUCAUAUCUGUGUGUUGGUUACGAUUGAAUCCACGUACUGAGAGUUUGAAUUUGGUUGAAAUGAUGAAUGUUAUGGAGGAGUGUUUUGGAUUUUCCAAGAGAAGCAAUUUAUAUGAGCUAUUAUCUUUAACACUUCAUGUUUCCUUUGCUAUGUUUUCUACUGUUUUAGGAUCAGUUUUUAUAUAAAAGCAGGAAUCAGAGGAGAGAGAGUGUGUUUGUUUAGGUGGUUUGCGUACGGGAGUUUUUCAAUAGUGGAAAGAGAAAGUGACUAGAUUGUUUAUGAUGUUUGGUUAGAAGGUCAGAUAGGAUUAAACAGCACUAAUGGACUAAAAGUAUUCGCUGGGGAGAGAAAACUAAAGACUUGUAACACUUACAGCUAUUAAUAUUAUCUCACAUGACAUUGAAGUGUCAUAUUUACAAUACUCUGCAGAAAAUGGUCAAAAAAUGGAGCGAUGCUGGCAGUACCCAUUAACAAGGUCCUAAUAUGUACCAUUUAGGUAUAGAUAUGUAUAGCUUUUUGGGGACCAUUUUUUGCCCAUUGUGUAAGUAUGAUGUUCUCAGUGGUGCCGUCUAGCACCACAUUUUUUUAAACCAAGCACCCUUCCGUUCUUAGGACAUUAUUAUUAUUUAUGAAAACAUCUCUCUGUGCUUCAGUACACAGGAGGUUGGGAGACUUGUGAAUAGAUGCCAACCUCUUAAUAACAAUUAAAAAGUUGCUGACAGUAUCUGAGAGAGAUAGAGAAUAGGAUCCCUCGUCUCCAUCAGGCCCCGCUGUGCCGUCGGGAGCCGAGUCGCUGUGAAAUCACAUUACCGAGCCGUCGGUUAAUUACAGAUGUUCGGGAAAACGUUCACAGCGAAUACAAAUGUCACACUGAUUGUGGAUGUCGUGCUGCCGGGGGGUUCGGAUCAGAUGCGGUGACGGAUUGAUCGUGUCUCUAAUGGCUCACAGCACGUCGGAACGUAUUAACAUCAAGAGGAAUCGUUUGCGCUUUCUAUGUUUACCGAGGCAUCUACAGGAUGUUCUGUUGGGGUGAAACUUAAGUUGUAAGAUUGCAUGUGAUCAAUUGAGUCAAGUUUUUUUUUUUUGCAAGAUUUCCACGGUCAUGGGAUACUUGGGAAAUCUACCCAGAAAGCAAAUGACUUCGGGCCGGAUCAGCACUGGAGCUGAUGACAUCAGCACAGAUCCGGCCUGGAGUCGGCUGCUGUCUAAGAAGGAAGUUUCAGGCCAUUGCGAUUUUUAAAGAGAAUAUGAUGGUUUGUAUGGGGGAAUAUGUUUACAGAAAGGUUUAAAAAAAAUCUGAUCAUUAGUCCGUGUGACUUGGGAUGUGUGGUAGAGUAGGCCGAUGUUAGGAUUUGGGUGGAUAAAGCCGUAUGUGCAUGGCUGUGAUGUAAGAUGUGCUUAGCGGGAUUUUUGGUAGGUUUUAAUUUUUAUUAAGCUCCUUCUGUGUUCAUUUGUAUUUAUGAUCAGAGGAUACAGAUAUAAAAGUGUUCGGCGUGAGGGUGGGUUUACUUCGAUGAGAUGAGCGCACGCUGCGGCCGCCUUAUCUCUUGCUGCUUUCUGUCACUCGCUGUGCUUGGCUGCCUGCUUUAAUUACCAUUUCGCUUCUCUUCAUUAACAGUCACCGAAACGAGAGGACGUGGGGCGACUAACAUCUCGGUAAAGCAAUCGACCGCCAAGUGUUUUGAUAAGUGUCACUUCUCUAAGUGACAUUAAAUAAGGGUUUAUUUUGACACGCCCCCUACUUUAAUCUUUUUCCUAACAUGUAUAUUCUUGAACACUUCAUCAGUCUUCCAGUCAUUCUUCAACCAACGUCAGACUCUCAGACAGGUAAAGACUUUACAUGGCAGUCCAACUAAAGAGGAUGCUACAGUCUGUCUGUGUUACAGACCAUUGAACACAAUUAAUUUUUGGGUCGAUAUCUGCAAACACCUUUUGUCGUAAAAAAAUGUGCCCUUGAAAAUAUUGAAACAAAAAGCCAAAUCUAAAUUUUUGUAUGCAUUUCUUUUACAGAUAAGUGGUCUGAAGCUUCAGCUUUUAAUUUCAGCAAAUUAAUUUUGUUUGUUUGUGUUUUUUACUUUUUUGUUUUUGUACCUUUUUAUGUUUACAUUGUAUCUUGCAUUGUCCUAAAUAAAACACAAUAAAAUGUA